AUGAAACCACCGUCAUUUAACGGAGGAAUAGAGCCGAUGAAAGCUGAAGCAUGGGUACUGGGAAUAGAGAAAUUGUUCGAAGUAUUUCCAUGUACUAAAGUCCAGAAAGUGCAACUUGCCGCCUUUACUCUUGAAGACGAGGCGCGAAGAUGGUGGAUUCUCACGAGAACGGUGCAUCAGGGCUUAACAUGGGAUAGAUUUUUGGAGUUGUUCUAUGAUAAGUACUUCCCCCAAAGUAUGCGAGAUAAAAAAGUGACUGAAUUUGAGACCCUUAGACAAGGAAGUAAGACUGUUGCUGAAUAUGACGCCCAAUUUGCAGAACUAGCUCGAUUUGCGCCUCAUAUGGUGGAUACGGACUAUAAGAAGGCACGAAAAUUUGAAGGGGGAUUACGGAGUUCUAUUUUAGACCAGGUCAAUAUGUUAAAGCUACCUACAUAUGUUGAUGUACUAGAAAGGGCCAUUAUAGCAGAAGGAAAUCUUACUGUGCAGAAUCGGAUUUCCGAGUGGAAAGGGAAGAGGCUGCAUCGUCGGAUUUGCCACUGGAAGACUGGAGCUUGUUUUAAGUGUGGUAAAACGGGUCAUUUGGUAGGGGAUUGCCCACAAUGGACUCAACAAAAGGGCACUAGGACUGCCACUAGUUCCGCGGGAUCUACACCAACCCCUAACGCAAAGGCAGCCACUAAACCUACGAAUAAUCAAGAUACUGCAAGGCAAGGUAGGGUGUUCGCAUUAGUUCCAGGUGAUGUACAAAACGCGGCAACAGUGGUGUCAGGUACAUUUAUUGUUCAUGGUCAUUCUGCGCAUGUAUUGUUUGAUUCCGGCUCCACCCACUCUUUUGUGUCGAAAUUAUUUGCUCCUCAUUUAGAUAAAAUUGAGGAGAAUCUGUCUUAUAUGUUGUGUGUGUCUUCUCCUUUGGGAGAUUCUAUGCUCUGCACUUCUGUGUACUUAGCUUGUGAACUUCAACUUGGGGAUAUUUGGGUGUAUGCUAAUCUAUUACCUCUCGACAUGACCUAUUUUGAUGUUAUUCUGGGAAUGGAUUGGCUGAGUGAUUAUGGUGCAAUUAUAAACUGCUUGACUAAGCAAAUCAAUUUCUACCCUCCGGGCCAAGCAGAGUCUAUUGUUUAG